AGCCAUUAACAUUGAACGCUGAAACGACACAACCCUUCAAAGGAAUCUUUACUUAACGAAUCGAAUUCCGACAACGUUAGCUUCGAGAUGGCUGCAGCAACAUUAACAACGAGGCGAAUUGUUGGUAUCGUGGUGUCUGUGGUUGUAUUAUUCGUGUUGGGUUUUGUAAUAGGCUGGGUAUCGGCGCCGAGCGAUGAGGAUUCCACUUCCAGCGAAGCGUAUGAUAUGAAAUAUAUUGCGAAGAAACGCAAGGAAGAAAUGAAGACGAAAUCUGGUUUUCAUGAAAAGUUGAUUGAAAUUCUAAACCCUGAUAAGAUCGGCGAAAAUCUUAGGUAAGCGAUAUGAUAUGAGAGUAUGUCUAUAUUCACAAAAUAUAAAUCCAUGAUAACUCCGAAAAUAAACAUUUUAAUAUUCUAGCUUUCGAAUUUCUAAACGACUCGCCAAAAACCAGCGGUAAAAUGGUAUUUGGUACUUAGGUGAAAUUAUAAUAAAAUAGCCCUUUCUGAAAUUAUAAUAAAAUAACCCCUUCUGAAAAAAAAUAGCCCCUUCUGAAAAAAAUAGCCCCUUCUGGUUUCAAAAAGCAACUUGAAUUAUAUGACUAAAAGGCUUAAAGCAACGUGUUCAAACGACGUAAUUCGAAUCGAACUCCGAUAAAGUUAGCUUCAAGAUGACUGCAGCAACACUGACAAUCGGCCGAACCGUUGGUAUUGUUGUGAUUGUGUUAUUCGUGUUUGGUUUGCAAUAAACUGGCUUUAUCAGCGGGCUGGAGGUAUGAGCAUUUCUGUGAGAAAUAUGAAAUGAAAUAUACCGCAAAAAACCGUAAGGAGCAGAGGAAGACGAAAAAAUAUUUCCAUGAAAAGCUAUUUAAAAUUGUAGACGCUGAUAACAUCGGUGAUAAUCUUAGGUAUGUAAUAUCACGACAUUAAUUAAUGAUAGUAAUUAUUGGUUCAGUUUCACUACAGUAACAGUUGAAGGAUUUUGUCGUCGAUUUUUACAUUGUUCGUCUAAUCAAAUUUGUCCUUCCCUGCCCCUUCUGCGGACUCAUAUUUCGGAUAAAUUGUCAGCAAAAUUUUAACUUUUGUCGGCAAAUUCAACAAAGGCCUUGAACUGAUGAGUAGUGAUAUAUUGCGAUGAUAUGAUCUUAGAUUAAAUCCACUCCAAUAUGAAGUGGAUUUCACAUUAAAAUGUCGCGCUAAAAUAUAGCUUGCAUGAAAUCAUUUCAAGAACUUAAGAAUAAAAAAUCGACAGCGUUUCGACGUUACUACACCUCAUUUUCUAGUCAAUUGAAAGUAAAAUUAUAAGUUCUAUAUAGCAGGUUUACUGGCGACUUACAUAAACGAACAGAUGAAGAACCUAUGGAGUCAUUCUUGUAAGAUUCCAUAUUUGUACAAGAGGUAGGUUGAGGACAUCUUACCGGCAAAAUGUCCAGUAUUGACAUAGAAAUCUUCUGUUGUUGAUUUCCUCAUUCCCUGCUUUAUUUGUACAAGAGGUUGGUUGAGACAUCUUACCGGCAAAAUGUCCAGUAUUGACAUAGAUAUCUUCUGUUGCUGAUUUCUUCAUUCCCUGCUUUAUUUGUACAAGAGGUUGGUUGAGGACAUCUUAUCGGCAAAAUGUCUAUAAUAUUGAGGACAUCGUAUUGGCAAAAUGUCUAGUAUUGAGGACAUCUUACCGGAAAAAUGUCCAGUAUUGACAUAGAUAUCUUCUGUUGCUGAUUUCUUCAUUCCCUGCUUUAUUUGUACAAGAGGUUGGUUGAGGACAUCUUAUCGGCAAAAUGUCUAAUAUUGAGGACAUCUUAUUGGCAAAAUGUCUAGUAUUGAGGACAUCUUACCGGCAAAACGUCCAGUAUUGACAAAGAUAUCUUCUGUUGUUGAUUUCCUCAUUCCCUGCUUUAUUUGUACAAGAGGUUGGUUGAGGCAUCUUAUUGGCAAAAUGUCCAGUAUUGACAUAGAUAUCUUCUGUUGUUGAUUUCCUCAUUCCCUGCUUUAUUUGUACAAGAGGUUGGUUGAGACAUCUUAUUGGCAAAAUGUCCAGUAUUGAGGACAUCUUAUUGGCAAAAUGUCUAGUAUUGAGGACAUCUUACCGGCAAAAUGUCCAGUAUUGACAAAGAUAUCUUCUGUUGUUGAUUUCCUCAUUCCCUGCUUUAUUUGUACAAGAGAUUGGUUGAGGACAUCUUAUCGGCAAAAUGUCUAAUAUUGAGGACAUCUUAUUGGCAAAAUGUCUAGUAUUGAGGACAUCUUACCGGCAAAAUGUCCAGUAUUGACAUAGAUAUCUUCUGUUGUUGAUUUCCUCAUUCCCUGCUUUAUUUGUACAAGAGGUUGGUUGAGACAUCUUAUUGGCAAAAUGUCUAAUAUUGAGGACAUCUUAUUGGCAAAAUGUCUAGUAUUGAGGACAUUUUACCGGCAAAAUGUCCAGUAUUGACAUAGAUAUCUUCUGUUGUUGAUUUCCUCAUUCCCCUGCUUUAUUUGUACAAGAGGUUGGUUGAGACAUCUUAUUGGCAAAAUGUCUAAUAUUGAGGACAUCUUAUUGGCAAAAUGUCUAGUAUUGAGGACAUCUUACCGGCAAAAUGUCCAGUAUUGACAAAGAUAUCUUCUGUUGUUGAUUUCCUCAUUCCCUGCUUUAUUUGUACAAGAGAUUGGUUGAGGACAUCUUAUUGGCAAAAUGUCUAAUAUUGAGGACAUCUUAUUGGCAAAAUGUCUAGUAUUGAGGACAUCUUACCGGCAAAAUGUCCAGUGUUGACAUAGAUAUCUUCUGUUGCUGAUUUCUUCAUUCCCUGCUUUAUUUGUACAAGAGGUUGGUUGAGGACAUCUUAUCGGCAAAAUGUCUAAUAUUGAGGACAUCUUAUUGGCAAAAUGUCUAGUAUUGAGGACAUCUUACCGGAAAAAUAUCCAGUAUUGACAUAGAUAUCUUCUGUUGUUGAUUUCUUCAUUCCCCUGCUUUAUUUGUACGAGAGGUUGGUUGAGGACAUCUAAUCAGCAAAAUGUCUAAUAUUGAGUACAUCUUAUUGGCAAAAUGUCUAGUAUUGAGGACAUCUUACCGGCAAAAUGUCCAGUAUUGACAAAGAUAUCUUCUGUUGUUGAUUUCCUCAUUCCCUGCUUUAUUUGUACAAGAGGUUGGUUGAGACAUCUUAUUGGCAAAAUGUCCAGUAUUGAGGACAUCUUAUUGGCAAAAUGUCUAGUAUUGAGGACAUCUUACCGGCAAAAUGUCCAGUGUUGACAUAGAUAUCUUCUGUUGUUGAUUUCCUCAUUCCCUGCUUUAUUUGUACAAGAGAUUGGUUGAGGACAUCUUAUCGGCAAAAUGUCUAAUAUUGAGGACAUCUUAUUGGCAAAAUGUCUAGUAUUGAGGACAUCUUACCGGCAAAAUGUCCAGUAUUGACAAAGAUAUCUUCUGUUGUUGAUUUCCUCAUUCCCUGCUUUAUUUGUACAAGAGGUUGGUUGAGACAUCUUAUUGGCAAAAUGUCCAGUAUUGAGGACAUCUUAUCGGAAAAAUGUCCAGUAUUGAGGACAUCUUACCGGCAAAAUGUCCAGUAUUGACAAAGAUAUCUUCUGUUGUUGAUUUCCUCAUUCCCUGGUUUAUUUGUACAAGAGGUUGGUUGAGACAUCUUAUUGGCAAAAUGUCCAGUAUUGAGGACAUCUUAUUGGCAAAAUGUCUAGUAUUUAGGACAUCUUACCGGCAAAAUGUCCAGUAUUGACAAAGAUAUCUUCUGUUGUUGAUUUCCUCAUUCCCUGCUUUAUUUGUACAAGAGAUUGGUUGAGGACAUCUUAUCGGCAAAAUGUCUAAUAUUGAGGACAUCUUAUUGGCAAAAUGUCUAGUAUUGAGGACAUUUUACCGGCAAAAUGUCCAGUAUUGACAUAGAUAUCUUCUGUUGUUGAUUUCCUCAUUCCCUGCUUUAUUUGUACAAGAGGUUGGUUGAGACAUCUUAUUGACAAAAUGUCCAGUAUUGAGGACAUCUUAGUGGCAAAAUGUCUAGUAUUGAGGACAUCUUACCGGCAAAAUGUCCAGUAUUGACAAAGAUAUCUUCUGUUGUUGAUUUCCUCAUUCCCUGCUUUAUUUGUACAAGAGGUUGGUUGAGACAUCUUAUUGGCAAAAUGUCCAGUAUUGAGGACAUCUUAUCGGAAAAAUGUCCAGUAUUGAGGACAUCUUACCGGAACAAUGUCCAGUAUUGACAUAGACAUCUUGUUGUUGAUUUCUUCAUUCCCCUGCUUUAUUUGUACAAGAGGUUAGUUGAGGACAUCUUAUCAGCAAAACGUCCAGUAUUGAUCAUGUUGCUGAUUUUCUCAUUCCACUGCUUUAUUUGUACAAGAGCUUUGUUGAGGACAUCAGUCAGCCAUUUUAAGGCAAUGUUAAAAAGCUUGAUGCCAGAGGACAUUAAGAAAGGCUGCACUUGUAAUAGAUGUCUAUCUUAAAUAUACGUACUUUUGAACUAUUCCUAUAUUGUAGCAUAGUUAGUAGAAAAUAAACAUGGUUUGGAAGCUUGACAAAAGUCAUUGUUCUAUGUUUUUGUCCAAGUUUAUGGAAAUUUGUGCACUCGGAUUCUGUAUAAUGAGGCGAUUACCCAAUAAGAACCUUAGUUUCAAUCGCUGAACCGUAAUAUUUGAAUAUUAAUAAACGCAAGACAAAAGAUGUGUGCACUCGGAACUACAAUUCAACAUCAGUUGAAGUUUGAAUAGGAAAUUCUUUGAAGUUUACCGGCCUUCCUAACCAUGUUUAUUUCUAUUAACUAUGAUUGUAGCUACUAUUAAUAAUUCUAACAUCCGGAGGUUUUUGUAUAUACAUAGUUGUAAUAGUUAAUGUCGAGUGCUUUUAACAUGAGCCUCUGGAUCGGAAGAUUGGGCGACCACUUCCUACGCUUUUCGACUUUAAAUAAAUCAUUAUCAUUAUCUUACUGGAAAAAUGUCCAGUAUUGAUGUUGUUGUUGAUUUCAUCAUUCCCUGCUUUUGCCAUCUAUGGACGUUUGGGAAACGUCCAUAGAUGGCAAAAUUCCUUUUAUCAGUAAAUGGAUAAAAUUAUGAGAGGAGCAACAAGUGAUGGGCAUGAUUAUGGUGGUAAUGAUGAAAGCGGAUGAAUGUAAUGAUGAUAGUGGUCGCGAUGAUGAUGGUGAUGAUAUGACCAUACGUCUCGUUCACAGGUACUUCUCAAAGCGACCCCAUGUUGAAGGUACUCCACGAUCCAAAGAACUGGCAGAUGAGAUAGAAAAAAGAUGGCGCGAGUACAAAUUCGAUAAAGUAGAACAACCAAAAUAUAAUGUUCUCCUACCUUACAUUGACCCCGAUGUCUCCAAUUCCGUACAGAUUUUGAAUUCCAGCGGCGGCGUGACUUACGAGUUUUCAGGAAAAGAGAAGGUAUUUUAAUUUACAUUCUUUUUUUAAAGCUAUUCGUCAAAGUGAUAUGAUACUAUACAGCUAAUUCAAUUAAAACCAUUUCUAAAUCCUCACACUAAUAUUUAACUUCCUUCAACUUUUAUGCAAUACCUCAGGUGGUAGAACCGAGCGAAAACGACACUACGAUGAUAGCACCUUUACUAGGUUACGCCAAGCAAGGAUCGGCCGAAGGGAAGUUGCUGUAUGUGAAUUAUGGAAGAUUGUCAGAUUUUCAAGUAUUGAAACAUAACUUUGGUAUUUCAAAUUGCAGCGGUUACAUUGUCAUUAUGAGAUACGGACAAAUAUCUCGCGGUGACAAGGUUAGGGAUGAUAUUUUUAAAAAAUCCUUUAUUGGUACUGGAUUAUAAAUAAUUACGACGUACCAUCAUCAACACCAUCAUGACCAUCAUUAUCACCAACAUCACUACCUUUACCCAUAUACCCACCAUCACAUCGCCAUCAUCUUCACCAUCACAACCACAACCAUAGCCUGCGUAGCAGGCGGUAUUCGCGGGCACGAGAGAAUGGGAAGCUAGAAAUACCACCUGCCCAAAAACUACACAUUCUGAGUUCUCCCCGGCAGCUGGGUGCCGGAGCAUUCUGAUUGGUCAGAAUGUUGAUUUUCAAUUUUUGAUUGACAGGAGUAAAGAAUUAGAAUAAUUAGUGCUAAUUUUAGAAGUUACUGUUGCCGUAUUUAUAAUAUAAACUAUUAUUAUUUUCGUAUUGAUAACGAUAUACCGAGUGUUGGCAUACACUAACCAAAAAAUAACGAAUGUAUUAAUUGAGAAUUAAGCGUUGAAUUCUUUAAUCUUUAUCUGGAAUCGGAAAUCUCUUCGUCUCGAAGAAUGAACAACGAAUAUCAAUCCAACAUUUGUUGCUUGAUAGAUGUGAUACCGUGAUAAAAGUGCAGAUUUGAAGAUACAGGCUCGUAAAUGACACUCUAAGUAGUGUUUUUGAUAGCGAUUGGAACAAGACUAUUACAAAGUUACGUCCGAAGGGGCCGAAGUUAUGUUCGGCGAAAGGUAUGGCUAGUCUAUAUUUUUGUUCAGACAAUUGCGUAUGAUUUGAUAAUACACGAACUCGCUUGACUUUCAAAGCUCAUAAAUCGCUAUAAUGUUGACAUCGACUAAAACUAUCGCUAUGAAUGAGGACAUAUUGUUACACUGAAUCGAACGUGGUAUUUUUGUCUUCAUAGCAUUGAAUGAACCGAAGUUAUGAAACGUCAAAGCCGUAUAUUUGCACUGGUGCAAUACGUGAGUAUACGAAACGAAAAGCCAUUUUGACAAACCAUGAGAAUGAUUGGUUAAACUUUAAAACAGCUAGAAACAAAGUAAAUAUUGAACUAAGAAGUGCCAAAAAAGAUUAUUAUUCUUCGAAAAUAGCUGGUCAAAAAAUUAAUCUCAAGAAAGCUUGGAAAAGUAUAAACAACUUGUUAGGUAGGCAAAACAAACCAACAGUGGUAAAUGAACUAAAUGUAGGUGAACAAAAUUUGACAAGUCCUGAAGAUAUUGCGGAGGGCUUUAAUGAAUAUUUUUCAAAUAUUGGCCCAGAUCUAGCUAGAAAAAUAGAUUAUUCCAAUUCCACUUUUGAAACCUAUGUCAAAAAUCUCAAUCAGAAUUUGCGGCUUUCCAACCUGUUACUGUCAGUCAUGUCUCUCAUCUUUUGCAUGGACUUUCCAACAAUAAAGCCACUGGCAUCGAUAAAAUCUCUUCCAAAAUUAUUAAAUUAGCUGCACCUGUUAUCUCAGAUUUACUGACACUUAUUUUCAAUCAGGCUAUUACUUUAUCUUCUUUUCCUGAUGAAUGGAAGGUUGCUAGAGUGAUGCCCCUAUAUAAAAAUGGCCAGCGUAGUAUUCCUGGAAACUACAGACCAAUAUCAGUUUUACCGGCCAUUAGUAAAAUUAUGGAACGGAUAUUGUAUGAUCAACUGUAUAACUAUUUAACAAAAUUUGAGAUUCUCAGUGAUUCCCAAUUUGGAUUUCGAAAAUUUCACUCUACAGCUAGUGCACUACUAGACUGUACUAAUGAUUGGUAUGUAAAUCUAGACAGAAAAUUGUUUAACCUAAUAGUUUUAAUUGAUUUGAAGAAAGCUUUUGAUACUGUUGAUCAUCAAAUUCUGCUGAACAAAUUAGAGCUCUAUGGAAUAAAAGGACAAGCUCUAACUUUGCUCAAAUCCUAUCUCACAAACAGAAACCAGAAGUGCCAAAUAAAAAACUCAUUUUCAUCUGAGCGCUUGAUUAAAUGUGGUGUACCACAAGGCUCUAUAUUAGGGCCAUUAUUCUUUUUGUUGUACAUCAAUGAUUUACCACAUUGUCUAAACAAAACCAAACCGCGGUUGUUUGCUGAUGACACAAAUUUGACUGCUUCAGCAAAUUCUAUGACUGACCUAGAGACUGCAGUAAAUUCUGAUUUAGAAAACCUUAGAAAAUGGUUAAUAGCCAAUAAACUUGGCCUCAAUGUAGCUAAGACAGAGUUUAUGUUGAUUGGCUCUAAACCUAUGAUCAUAAAUAUUUCUGAUUCUUGCCCAAAUGUUUACAUUGAAAAUAUACAAAUUAAACAAGUUCAAGAAUGCAAAACUCUAGGAGUAACAAUUGACCAGCAUUUAUCUUGGAAAAGUAAUACCGAAAAUAUUUGCAAAAAAGUUACAGCAGGAAUCUCUGCUAUUCGUCGGAUCAAACCAUUUGUUGACCGAGAUACACUUAUUUUGAUAUAUAACACUAUUGUUCGUCCGUACUUUGACUACUGCUGUGAAGUAUGGGAUGUAUUUGGCGAAACUCAAUCAAAACGACUGCAAAAACUGCAAAAUAGAGCGGCAAGAAUUAUUCUGAAUAUAAGCAAUGACGUAGAUUAUACGAUUGCGUUACGUACUUUGGGCUGGGAGCCACUCCAAACUGAAAGGAAGAAAACUAAAGCACGAAUGAUGCAUAAGUUAUUAAACAAAAUGGGCCCAAAAUCACUCACAAAUCUAUUUUCGUUUAAGAGUGAGAAAACUAAUUACCACCUUCGGGAUGUCUCAAGUGGUCUUUAUUUACCAAAACCACGUACAAAUAGCAUGAAAAAUAGUUUUAUGUACGACGGAGCAAACAUUUGGAAUUCUAUACCAAAAGAAAUUAGGGAAAGCAAGUCACUUUCUUCCUUUCGAAAUAAAAUCGCUGCUCACAUUAGUGCUUGGUAACCUUUAUAAAUAUAACUUACCUGUAAAUAGCUCAAAACUUUUGUUAUAUCUUUUAAAUUUAUAUAUUACUGUAAUAGCUUAGCUUAUCCUUAUCAUAUUCUGCAUGUAAAAUAAUUUUCUGGCACACGCCCCCCGUGGAAAUCAGCUACGGUUGACGGGGUCAGCGUGGAUAAAUAAAGUUCUACUACUACUACUACUACUACUACUACUACUACUACGCACCAAGACUGGAUAAACAAUACCUGGAAAACCUUGUAAAUCUUGGUUAAUACAAUAAGAGACGUAAGAAGAUCAGUCUAGUUUUAUAAUUAUAUAUUCAUGUUCUUUUCAAACCUUUUUUGGGGAAUGUUUAUCAUCAUCUCAAAGACUUCUCCUGGCCCAUGGUGCAUUAUCAGUGAUCACUCUCUCUCUCUCUCUCUCUCUCUCUCUCUCUCUCUCUUGUUCAACCUUCGAUUUAGUUCUUGCCCGAAUCUGACUUGAUUCACGCAAAUUCUGGUGUACUUGUGUAUUUCAUCAUAAAUGGUGUGGAUUCUUUAGAAUGUUCAUUUUUCGCGCGCGUGAUGCUCAGGUGGCUAAUUAGAUAAUUUUAAGACAUACAAUUACAGUUAUGACGUCACUAAUCAUUUAUAGCGUAAGAUAACAGGCUGAACUAUACGUUCUUGAACCUUUUCGAUACCAUACUGUAGGUCAAUGAGAGAGUCACAUGAGAAUGGCGAUCAGACUUUCGAGAUUUAUUUGCACAGCUCGUUUACACAGCUCUCUCAUAAACAGAGGCUUUCACACUUUUAUUAAUUUACCAUUAUUCAUCAAUUUAAUUAACCUCUUCUAAGAAUUAUUACUGAUAUCUUGGGUGAACAUAAGAUCAUUAGAAAAUUUGAGCAAGACCAUCAAGUACGAAGACGUACUUGCGACGAAGUGUGUCACUGGUAUCAUGGCUGCUGAACGUGUCUUCCCGUUAUAGAUUCAUGUGUCGCUGUUUUAUGAAUAAUUGACCCCUAAUCCUUACCCUGACCCGGAAACAUGAGACUAUAUUCCAUCUUGGCAUAAUUUGCAUUUCCCGCGAUGUGAACUGUGAAGACAGCGCUGUUUGAAUCACCUCCGUGUCAGGUCAGUCUCAUGAAUAGUAUAUUAAAUAUGUAAAUAACAUAUCAAAUUUUACACAGUUCAUGCGUCUCGAAUAUAUUACCAUAUAUUUGCUGAUGAAACGUAUCAUUAUAAAAAUGCAGAACAAUAUCAAUGGCCACUCACACUAUUUGAUAGCCAUUGGCAUGCCAUGUGUGUUUAUAUUAAGAAAUAUGUUAGUUAAUCUCCUAUAUAUUUUAUAUCUUAGACUUUGCUCCAGACUGCAGAGUACGGCAAGUGCACACCCGAGAUUUUUUUUGGCCAAUGGUAUUGCACACUUAAACAUAUUUCAAAUAUUUUCCAGUUUUGUCAGGCAUUAAAAUAAGGACUUCUAAGACAAGUGUAAUAUAACAACCACCUGAAAAUCGGGAACACUGAUUGAUGGGCACAAAUGAAAAAUGUCCAUUAAAGUUUUGAAUUUCUAUCUACAGCAGAGUUUUGCGAUCAUCAGGUUGUUAUGAUUAAACAAAACCGUAUAGCAUGUAAGCAUGGACACAAGAGAACUUUUAAUUGGUCCGAUUUUCUCGAGGCGCCACCAUGGUUGGCGCCGAGCGGAAAAUUUUUGAAAUUUGGAGUCCCUACAUUGUCGGAAAUGGCAUUUUCGAGUGCACACUUUUCCAUUUGCAACUCAAUUACAAGGACAUGCACAUUUUCCUUUUACAGGACACAAAGUGUGUCAAAAACACGUUAUUUUGUACGUGUUCAUAAUGACUUUUAACUUCGAUCGAAAUAUAUAUAUAUUCUUGUUUGUUCUUCAGAAUUUGGACCACGUUUUGUUUUCCUGAGAGGCAGAAAUUUUAGUUAUUUGUACAAAUAAACAAUCAUUGUUUAAUAUCAUUAAAACAUGUAGCUAUUUACAAGUGCACACUUGACUACGUUAACUGAGGAUUGCACACUUGCACACCUGAAUUUUUGUCUUGCACACCCGAGAUCUCGUCGAAAACUGCCAUACUCUGCAGUCUGGACUUUGCUCAUGUAAUUAUUAGUUGUAGACCUGUAGUCUAUAAAGACUAGUGAGUAGUGUAAAUGAAAUUUAUAGAAAUAGUUACACUCUGAUAUAUUAUAUUGUAGCUUACAUGUAUACUAACAGAGUUUAGAAUUACAACAGCUGAGCCUGCUUCCUGGGAUAACAUAUCAUAAAUAUAUGGUUAGAUGUUUCAAAUCCAUGUAUUGUAUACCUUACUUGUAUUAAAAUUCGCGUCGUAUACUCAUUUUCGUUCAGCUUUAAAUUCGCGCAUUCCAAUUUCGCGAAACUUGUUCGCGCAGCUUUAAAUUCGCGCAAGUAAUUUUCCGUGUUGGUUCCUUUUGGUUUGAUUAAUAGAACUAUAACAACAAAUACUUCAAUAUUUGUCAAAACAAAAUUCACGAUAACAGUAAAGCCUGGUUCACAUAUGCCUGCGGCAUGCCUGCGACUGUAUCAUUAUGCCUCUACUUGCCGCCGAAAUACCGGCAAAGUUGAACUCAAGUCUCAAGUCAACUUUCCCGGCCUACCGCCGAUGUAACUGUGGCACUGGAGGCAAUCGGCGAACAAAUGUUCACAUAAUUUACGUUUUAAAGCUACCAUCGGCAUCGUCGCCGGUACGUCGCAGGCAUAUAUGUGAACCAGGCUUAAAGCGUAUAAAGUUCAAACUUCAAAAUGUAUGGUUUUCAUUUGCCUAAUACAAUAAUAAUAACUAAUUUUAUUAGCAUCCCAUAUAUUAUAGGUUCGUAUAUGGUAUUGCCUUACAUUAUAUUAUUUACUAACAACGAGUGAAUAUUACACCGCAAAGCUUUUCGCGUGCAUUAUAUUUCCCGCAGUACUAAAAUUUGCGCGCCCAGCUCUGCGCGAAUUCCUGCAGUAUUGCUCGAAUUUUAGUACAAAUAAACAUAUACAAAUAAACAUUUUUCCUAAUUGCCGUUGUGCUGCUGUUUCAAGAUGAUCUACAAAUAAACAUUUUUCCUAUAACUUGGAGAUAAUCUAUAUACAGUACAGAAAAUAUUUCAGUUUCCUGACUGCCAUAAGUUGUCCUGCUGUUUCGGGAUGAUCUAUAUAUGCUGCUUAGCCAGAUAAACAUUGUCCCUAACUGUCGUUGGGCCGCUGUUUCAAGAUGAUGUACAUUUGAAAACUUUCGAACAACUGUUAUCUUACUUUUUCAAGAUAAUCUGUUGUUCGAAGUGGUAUGUUGAUGAAUAAAUUUUGUAACUUUUGUGCGUUUUUUUCUUAUUUUGGUGUGAAAAACAGCCACUUUUCUACAAAUUUUAAAUCUAAUUUCGAUGCUCAGAAUGCAGGAAAUGGUACUUGCGGGCUUCAAAUUUCAAAAAUUUUCUGGGGGGGCAUGCCCCCAAACCCCCCUAGGUAGGGCGUGGCCUUCGGCCCCGCAUGUUGAUUUCAUCCAAAAUGCUACGGUCAGAUUGAGACGCUGAAUCCGCCCCUGAUUACUGAUAUCUUGGGUGAACAUAAGAUCAUUAGAAAAUUUGAGCAAGACCAUCAAGUACGAAGACGUACUUGCGACGAAGUGUGUCACUGGUAUCAUGGCUGCUGAACGUGUCUUCCCGUUAUAGAUUCAUGUGUCGCUGUUUUAUGAAUAAUUGACCCCUAAUCCUUACCCUGACCCGGAAACAUGAGACUAUAUUCCAUCAUUGUUCUUCGGCGGUUCUGUCUUUGUUCAGAACGAAGUUCACGGCAAAUUUUGACAAAAUAAUUAUUCUGAACGAAGGCAGAUGAACGAAGAAGGCAAAAAAACGAAGAUGGGAAUGGAUGCAUGUUUCACUGUUUUGUCUGGAUUAGGAUAAGGAUAGACAUGAGUCUAUAACCUGUCGACGUCUUCGCUCAACACUCACCGCUAAACCUAAACUCAGUAUGCGCAAGAUUGUCUUCGAUUUCAUGUUCAGGUGGUAAUUACGACUGUACAGAGCACAUUCAUCUCAAUGCAAGACGAGUGACUUCAUUAUACAUAGGUCUAUAUAAAGCUGAAAUCAAUGGUUGAUUCCCUCAAAAUCGCGUUGAAAACUUUCACGUUCCCUGUUGUACCUAUGGAAAGAACAACAGAGAAACUGAAACAUCUUUAAUGUGAUUUUACAUCCUCUUUUCACCGUGUCAUAUAUUGGAUGAGGUUUUGUGGUAAGUACCCGGAAUUUUAAAAAAUAUCGAGCCUGAGGGUCGCCAAAUACUGUCGAACCGACUACGUCCGCACAAUAGAUUUCGAGAGGUAAUAUGGGCACAGAUUGACAUGGAGUACUGAAAUUUUGAUAAGGUCCCAUACCUGCCUUUUUUGUUGGUCCAUUCGAUACGAAUUAGUAGUGGAGACAAUUGGCUCGAUUCGUUCAAUCCAUAUAAAGUUCGACACGAAUAGAGAGAUAAGAAAUAGAUGAGGCUGAUUAAAGAACCAAUAUAAAGGCAAUAUGCCACAAAUCAAUUCAUUCGUAUUUUUAAUUUAAAUUAAUUGCAUAUUAAAGAGACAAUAUAUGAGUUUAUAAUACGUACUACAAAGCCAUUAAGGUGUAAAGGUUAACUGACCAUAAACAUAAAGUACGUACAUUUGGAAAUCAUCUGUCAGAACCGUGACGUCGUAGGAAUAGAAACAAACCUUGGAAGCGAACACAAACUUCGCAGGAUUAAUUGGUUUUUUGACAACCGCGGCAAAUAUCGCAACAUCAAAGCAGCUAUAAUGAAAGACUAUGUGCAUAUGUACAAAGAAUGAAGAAUGGUGUAUUCAGUUUUUGUUGCGGCGAUUACUACAGAUUUGUGUCUUAUUGUUCACUGCUUCAGAUUUGUACCUCGCAACAUCUUUAUGUUUUUCUAUAAAACACCCCGCGCGUGAUUAAAUCUUAAAGUUAUCUACCUAUAUGCCUGUAUCGUUAUGUAUACAAACUAGUUUGUCUAUGUUUAACUUGGCGGUGACUUUGUGUAUGCGUAUGUGUGGUCAUAGUCUCCGUAAUAGGAAAAUAUGCAUGCCUCUUGACAUGACAACUGCAGUCGUAAAACAAAAUUAACUAUUAGACAAUCUCCUGUAAUUUGCCGCGAUACUUGAGUAUUAAAUGGCGUAAUUUAUGUUAACUAGCAAAGCGGACAUUGUUUUCUAAACACGAAAGGAAUGCCUUUGACUUAUCUCAAAUGUGCAAAGCACUUCAUUAAUUAUAUUUGAUAUUUAUCAUAACUCCACCGGUUAUAUAAUAUAUCAAACAAAACACGUGAAAACUUUGUUUCAUCAGGGAUGGUGGUACAGUGUCAGAAUGUUGCCAUUCCACUUUCAAAUUUUUACCCUCAUUAUGUUGCUAUCGCAAAACUUCAUGUCUUAUGUUCUUAUUUUAUUCUCUAUAUGUCGCUAUUUCAACGCAAUGACGCAAUGUUGCCAGUCGGAACUUAUAUUACCUUAUUUACCUAACAGGACCUCACUAAUGCCAUCACUGACUGAACGAACUAUAUUCACAAUCCAACGUUUUGACACUCCAGGCUAGAGCGUGUCUUCAUCAAACCGAGAAGUUUGUCAUUAACUCUGAAUUCAAAGUGAAAGUUGGCUUAAUUUAAUUUACUAUGCACUUUUUUUCUACUGAUACCAAACACAGAUACAUUGUGUUUCUUAUAGUUCAUGUAAGGACCGGCACGUACCCUGAAAAUGACAGAUAAAAUACACAACAUGUCACAUUUUAUUAGGUAUUUUAAUUCAGGUAUUUUAAUCCUACGAGCUCAGUUUCCAACUGUGUAAAAUAGAAGAAAAAAAUGUUAGUUGCAAACCACACAUGACGACAGCGACGAUUUGUAGGCACGUGCUUGAGCAUCGAGAAUAAGUCUGUGAUACUGUAUUCGUUAUUCGUUAAGAGUCAGUAGUCAAACUGGUGCAGCCCCAGUGGCAUCAUAUUACAAUUGGACCAAUUGAAGACACGAAGUAAAUUUGAUAAAAUAAACUGAUAUUUUGUAAAUGCAUUCUGUACUGAAAGUACAUUUUGUACCUCACUGCUAAAUGCAGCUUGGAAUGGAAUGGCAUGAAGGGGUCGGAUAUACUACUUUUAAUGACUUUAUGUGUUAACGAAUGAGAGUUAACGUGUUGUGUGCUUCCUUCUUUCUCGACUUUGACGACUUGUCCAACUCGGUGUCUUCCGGGGGGAGGGGGGGCAUGCCAGUGGCGUAGCAAACUCGAUAAUUGGGGGGCGGCAAUAUUCAUAUAUUCGUGUUUACAGACCUUAAAAAAAAUUGAUUUCGAAAGAAAUUAAUGAUGCAGAAAACGAAUGUAUGAAUAUUGGCCCAUCAAUUAUCGAGUUUGCUACGCCACUGAGACAUGCACUGUUCACCCUUUUAUCACAAAUCUGAGCCAAAGUCGGACGCCGCCACUGACAUCCUAUAUCAUCGGCACACGAAUCAAUGGGGAAUGGUCGGCGUGGGCAGCAUGACUGUAUAUUGUACAUGUCAAGUCACCUCAGGGUAAUGCACAUGCGCAGUAGGGUAUAUUUGACAGAUAUUUUUGGCUGUUUUUAAUUUAGUGAUUCUGCAUGCUGGCACGAAUUAGAAUUAACUCAUCUUUGCUUACAAUAUUCGUGACUUUUCAAAUCAUCAAUCGCUAAACAUUCAACAUUCAUGGCAGGCAUAUAAAACAAAGGUAUAAAUUAGUUAAUGCGACUAUCUUAACUCAACUCGUUUUAUUGAAAAUGAGGUAAUUAGCAUUCCGUGUAAUUAGGACGCUGGUGUAAUUUUAGUUUCGUCUCGAUGGAGCUUGGUAUUUGACCUCGGUUCAAAUCUUGUCAACCGUUUAAUCUAUCUCGUUGUUUGAUACCGGAUUUCACACUCUUGAAAAUCUUGAGAUUGUUAAGCUGAUCCUUUGCGUUAGGUCUCAGUUGUUUCUUGAAACGAUACCCUCCAACAAAAUCUUCGUGGUCAUUAAAACCACCACAAAUAUUCCAGCCGCAAAAAUUCUUAUUUUGCCGGAUAUGGAGCAGGAAUCAAGGCCAGCUGUUCCCAGCCUGAUUGCCGCAAUUUUUUUAAACUUUAUCAAGAUACAUGCAAUUUCUUUUGACAUAUUGUUUUAUUACUCUGUUCCCGUUUGUGCGUCUAUCGUUUGGAACACUUGGUCACUGGGCGUAACUUAGGUUAUUAACAAAAUUGUACUGAAUAUUUAGAGUUUAACCUUCAAGUUAUUGAAGCAACUUAGACAACCAUGUCUGUAUCAAAUAUAUGUCUGCAGACAUACCUUCCAACCUUAGGAUCGUAAUCGAAAACUGGAAGUUUAACAAUUUCACUAACGUUAUUGACAGUGCUUACUGCUUGCAAACUGCGAUGUAUAUUCAUUUCUAAAGAGAAAGCUUUUAUCCUAAACUGAUUUUCUUGAUGAUAUUAAGCGGGUCUUUAAACGUCUUUCUAAGAAACUGGGAGGUUCAGAUUCAAAUUGGGAGGCAGGAAGGACGUAUGGAACUCGUGAGACUCGGAUGGAUUGAAAAUAUAUCUUCGAUUUCGUUCAGAAAAUUUGCUGUAGACUCCGGUAAGAAUAUUUUCUGUAGACUCCGGUCAGAAAAUUUUUGCUGUAGACACUGAUCAGAAUAUUUUCUGUAGCCACUCCG